AUGGGCCCUCAGCCGACGGCGGCCCAUCAACCAGCCGAUACCCCCGACAUCACAGUCGAGUCACUUGAUGGCCAGCCCUCGACCUCUGCAGGGGCCGUUCGGCAACAGCAUGAGGAGACGGCCGUUCAGGAGGCGGCUCCGUCUCAACCUAAGCCCCGACGAUUCCUCGCACAGCCUACAGAGACAACAUCGCGUAAGGUCUCGGCCAAGACGGUGAAACAGGAUGACGAACAAUCAUCGCGAGGCGGAGGGGUCCCGGCCGGAGGGGAUCCUGCCUCGCUACAGCAGCAGUCCCAACCCUCCGUCAAGUCCGCCCGGAGAUUUCUGCCACAGCCUGUCGAAACCAGCAAGACGAGUCAUCACAGCGCCGGCAAGAGCAAGACAAGACGAUUCAAGCCCGAACUUGUAGAAAGUGAUUAUCGGUCGGUCAAGGGGGAUCAGAUCAGUGCUAAAGAUCGUGAACAUGUCACGCUCUUUCCAACGAAAGCUCGCGUGGACAGUGAACCGGAGCAGGCCAACCGUGGGGCUCGUCUGACACCAGUACGAAGUGCAUCCUUGGAUCUGCAAGAGUCUCGAUUCUCAUAUGCGAAUCUGCUACGUCAGCAAGAGACCCGACGGCAUUCGUUCAGAAUCCCCGAUCUCCCAUCGAUUCCGUCAAGUGGCAGCGAUACGUCGGACUCCUCUCCCCAGACGCCCUCAGCGUCCGCGUCUCCAACUACUACGUCCAUGCAGCCUGUUCAGUCUCGACGAGCGGGGCCUCCGAAGAAGAAUCCUCAUGCGGACGAGUUCUCCGGAUAUCUUUUGUCCUUGGCGGCAAGAGAAGUCCAGGAGGAGCUGAAAGAGCAAGCACUGGCCGGCUUCCCCAAUGAACAGGACUACCAGCCAGUGGAUCACUUUGCGAUCAAUGAGGAAGGCCGAGAUUCUUCAGGUGAUCAAUAUUUGAUCUACCCACAGCCCCAUCACAUUAAAUCCCGUCGGCAAUCGUCAGAGGACCUCUCCUGGGAGCUGGAGUACAUGCGUCACCACAAGGAAGAAGCCGAGCAACGGCUUCGAGUGAUGGUAUCGACCAAGAAAAAGGAUCAUUCCUUGACUCGCCAUCAUGCGGCGAGCAAAAAAUUGGGUCCCAGUCCACCGAUGCUCGGUGGGGAUAUUGUUCUUCCACAAAGUGAAUCACCCGAGGGUACUUUGAGCGAGGAUCCUUCCCCAGAGAGCGUCGCUCAGGGACAAAAAGGUCCCUGUGACGACUGUGGCGGUCUCUGGUGUGCAGGACCCCAAUCCGACAAUAGUCGCGGUACCGGCUUAUGGAUGGGUACUUGUCAUAAGGAGGAGGGCUAUUCGCACGAGCCGCAUCUCAUGCCUGGAAUCAUGACCCCGAUGAUACAGAACGAGGGAUUCAACUUUACGCCCCCCUCCCCGCCGGAACCACAAACCCUCAAAGUAACGAGGCCCGUGCUGUCGCGAAAGAAGACCGAGUCCGAGUUCACCGAUAGCUUUGUCACUCAAAUUUACAAUUACCUCUCCCUGGGCUACCCUUGUGUGGCCCGAUACUAUGAUUUUGAGCUCAGCAAGAUCUCGGGUAUUCCCGUCGAAGAUCUCCGACAAGACGAUCUUAUCACUGACGCCCGGGGAUACGUCGUAGCACCAGAAGAUGGCCAAAAGGCUGACGUGGCCUGUGUUCGAUGGAAAGCUUUGCGUUUAUAUAUACACGAAUGGGCGCGUCAACAACCAAACAUGGCCGAAGAUGAGACAGACUUCGAGGCGUGGGGGGUCCGCGAGCGACGAGGCAGUUGGGCUAUUUGA